GAUAAGUAAUCGGUCGUUCAAGAUCAGAGUCAUCAGACGGCAAGCGCAACUUCAGAAUUAGGGUUCUGCGGGAGAAGAUGGCGGCGGCGUCGGCACCAAUUGCAGAGGAAGGACAAGUUAUCGGCAUCCACGCCCUGCAGCAGUGGACCGAUAUCUUCGACAAAUACAAAGAUUGCAACAAGCUGGUGGUGGUAGAUUUUACUGCAUCUUGGUGUGGGCCGUGCCGGUUCAUGGCACCCAUACUGGCGGAUUAUGCAAAGAAGAUGCCACAUGUGAUAUUCAUCAAGGUGGACGUGGACGAGCUCCCGGAUGUUACUCAGGUCUACGAGGUGAAGGCCAUGCCAACAUUUGUGUUUCUGAAAGGAGGAAAGGUUGUGCACACGGUUGUAGGUGCUAAAAAAGAUGAACUCCAUGCUGAUAUACUCAUACACGCCGGAGAAGCUUCUACUCUUACUGCAUAAAAACAACAUAAGCUCUUCCUCCCCAUUGGACACCAAAAAAUAAUCUCACUGUCUUGUUGCUUUUGGUUUCUCAGAUAAUAAUGAGUGGUUCUGUUUUUGUUGGGAUGAUUUGGAUUCUGUUUUUACUUCUAAUGUAUUGCUGCAUUUAUGCUUUGUUUGAAUCAUGAGAGGGAAUGAGAAAAUAAAGAGGGAAAGUAUGUUGUUUGGAACAUACUUUCUUGUUAGUAUGUUGCAUAUUUUAUCAUCUCCGAUGGAGCCAAAAUUUCACCAUUUUUUGGCUUUGGGGUGUGAUGGAAUAAAUCAAAAUGGAUUUC